AUGUCCGAUCCCUUGUCAUUGGCAGCUAGCAUCGCGGGACUCAUCUCACUAGCUGAUGUCACCUUCAAGUAUACCUAUAAAUUUGUGGGAGCCGCUAAAGAUGCAAAAACUGAUGUAUCGGCCCUCGCCGACGAGAUCAAUAACCUUGGAAGUGUCCUCCGAGUUCUUGAGGCCCUGGCCUCUGACAUGGAAGCAGAAGGAGAUCAAUUUGAUCCGACACUGAGAAAUCACUAUCUCAAUCACUGUUUCAAAGCUUUGAGCCGUAUCGAAAUGAAGACAAAGAAAGCCAUAGAACGCUUCGUACGGUCAAAAGUCGAUUGUAUCUACCAACAACUCAAAUGGCCUUUCUCCUCCUCUGAAACAAAUAGCCUGCUGGACGAGCUCUCCCGUCACAAGGAGACGAUCAACAUGGCUUUGGCGGCUGAUUCAAUGCAAAAACUACAAAUAUCGCUCACGAAAAUGGACAAACUCGGAGAAAGCAUCUCUAAAGUUGAGAAGAUCAAGCAGCAGGUCCUCAAUUAUUUCAUGAAGGCGGACCCGCAAGAUAAUCUGGCAACCAGCAUUAAACUGCGACAUUCGAUGACAGGACUCUGGUUGACAGAAUCUACAGAUUUCGUUCGCUGGAUAGAAACACCUGGGUCGAAACUCUGGUUGACUGGUAUACCUGGAGCAGGAAAGACUGUCCUGGCUGGAUCAGUCAUACAGGAAGCACUCUCUCGGAGUUAUGCAAACCAUAGCAUUGCCGUGGCGUUCUUCUUUUGUGAUUAUAAGGACCCCAAGACCUGGGAGACUGUGAACAUCCUCGGAGCAAUAGCCAACCAACUUGCUCGCCAGGGAAAGGAAGCUUUCGAGAUAUUGAGUCUCUACUAUGAUGAUCUGCACCCACCCGAUCAGUUCAUAACAAUACCAGACCAAGACGAAGUGAGAGCUCGGAUUAGUCAAAUGUCGCAUCUGUUUGAUCAAACCAUCAUUAUCAUAGAUGGCUUGGAUGAAUGUGGUGAUCACACAGACGACGUCGUCGAUACCUUAAUGCAAAUGACCGAAGACUCGGAAAACACCUCUCUGGCUGUCUUCAGUCGAGACCAUUACAAUAUCAGAGUCCAUUUGGAGACUGAUUUCGAUAUCAUUCCGAUCAUAGCACGUACUGACGAUAUUCAACUGUUCAGAUGGGUUGUCUGCCAAUUGGACUAUCUUUGUGACUGUGCUCAUGAUGAAGAGCGCCGUGAGGCUUUAAACAAGCUCCCUCCUGACUUACCGGAGAGCUAUCGUCGACUUCUCGAAAGAGUCAACCGUUGCUCUCCCAGGGUUCAGGAUAUGGUUAAAAAGUGUCUCCACUUCUUAACCAUAAAUGAUGCUAAGCUCACAAUAGUAGUAUUAUUAGAAAGUCAACUGACGGAAACCACUUCGAGUUCGCCCAUUUCUCAGUUCAAGAAUUUCUACAGUCGGAGUGCUGUUUUUAGCUCGCCCGGUCUUGAGAAGUACUGGAUCAGCUGGAACUCUACGUGCGCUUUGUUUUCGACCCAGUGUCUUCUUUUCUUGCAAAUGGCUAAAUUCAAUGCGGUUCCCAUCGAAUUUGAAGAGGUAUUCAUCUCAAAUAUCUCGGAUCUCACUUGUCAAAUUAAAGAGACGUAUCCAUUCUAUAAACAUGCCGCAACAUGGUGGCUAAGGAAUACGAAAGACGGGCUUGACAACUCAGCCGUUCUGACAUUAGUCCAAUCACUAUUCAACCCUUCGAAACGCGUAUGUUUCGUGCUAUGGGCUGUCGAGGUUCUCCAACAGGUUGCAGCCCUUGAUCACAUUCUGUCUGGCAGAAACUUCUACGAGGAAGCCUGUAGGAUAGUGAUUCAGUCCUCAUUUCGGCCUCUACAUAUGGCAGCUGCUUUGAGCAUUUCUGAAAUAUGCGGCUCUCUGCUCCUCGACGAGCAAGACCCGAACCGAAGGUUUGAAACAGCAAACUACCUUGAUCUUGCAUUCAUAUCUGUGCUUGGAAUCCCGGGAAUGCCACAUCUAUCUGCCGAAAAGUCAAAAGAGUAUUGGCGUGUCAGAAACGCUGUGGAGUUGUUCUUGCCGUCGUUCGAACGACGCAACAAGACCAUCGACUGUCUGAUAGCGAAAGAAGCACAACCAUCUAGCCACAGGAUUUCUCAAUGCUCAGCCUCAGUGCUUUCAAUUACAUGUGUGCUUGCAGCUACGUACAAUAACCUAAGUCCGAUCACCAAGUUCCUGUCUUUGAACACCACUCCAACACUGUCCGAGAUUAAAGUACUCGGACACUGGAUCAAUACAGCUGAACCUUAUGAUAAGCCAGCAGAACUUUCAGCUUAA